AGAGUGGAAAUGAAGUUAUAGUUGAUUACUAAGUGUGUGGUUCAACGAUGGCGAAAAUUGAUUUUGAUUGCUUUGAGCUGUUUGUUUUUCUCUUUACCUAUUCGAAAAAUGUAAGUUUGAAACUCGAUAUAAUCUGCGUCCGAAUAAUAUGGAUGGUUGGGACUUGGGAGUUAUAUGUGGUUGUGAGCUGUUGCAUACACAGGCUUAAAGAGUCUUCACUUCCACCUUUGCCUUGAUAGAUAUUAAAUUCCAUUAUAUUGUUGUAGCUUUUUAGCUAUCAGGAUGAGUUCACGAUUUGCCUUUGCCUAUAGGUAUAAAACAGUGCCUGUAAUCAUAAUCAAUGCUUUAGAAUAAGUAACAAAUAAGCUAGAGGUGUUCAUGUGUACGGGUCAACUAUGAACUCAGUUGCACAAACGACCCAAACCGGCAUUUGUCUUUGCCGGUUGAAACUCACAAAUGCAACCCGUUGACAUCUCAUGCAGUAUUGCUUCAAACCGUUUUCAACAUUCCACAGAAACAAUCUCACGCAAUUUCAAGGAAGUAUUAAGGGCAGUGUGUCGAUUAGGAAAAGAACUGAUAAAGCAAGAGUCUAUGGAGUUGCCUAAUAGAAUUAAGAAUAAUCCAAAAUAUUAUCCUUGGUUCAAGAAUUGCAUAGGUGCAAUUGAUGGUACACAAAUAAGUGCAUGGGCUCCUGCUGAGAAACAAAUUUCAUGUAGAGGUAGAAAGGCAACAAUCACUCAGAAUGUCAUGUGUGCUUGUGAUUUCAAUAUGAUAUUUACAUAUGUAUAUUCGGGGUGGGAAGGAAGUGCACAUGAUUCUAAAGUUUUACUUGAUGCAAUUACAAAUCCAGAUGCAGGAUUUCCUUGGCCACCUAAAGGUAAGUAUUAAUAUCUAACAUAAAGU